AAUUUCAUGACAUGUUCAUGACUGUUUUUGUGUCAAAAACAUUUUUCUUUUUGAAAUUUCUGAUUAUUUUAUGAAACCACAAAGAACAUUCAUUAAUUGUUGCAAGGAAAAGAGAAAUUCAUAUGUGUAUCUGUCAAGAUUGUCAUUUUAAAGUGGAAUAAGAUGGCCCCUAUUUACUAAGAAGUUUUUAAUAUUCCUUGAAGAUAUCCUUCAAAUUUAAGGCUAUUUAUGUAAAAUCGCAAUAUGGCGGAAACCGAGGUUCGCACUUGUAAGAAAUUUUGUUUAGAGUACUACAAUCUUAAUACCUGCUCAAACAGAAAGAAUUGCCUGUAUCCUCAUAAACCCCAACACGAAAUUACAGCAGUAGGUUUUGUACAAGGCGAAGAUUAUGUGCUGGGUCAAUUAUUAGAAAUGAAAAACCAAAGACCGUGUUAUUUUUAUCAGAUGGGAAGGUGUAAAUACCAAGAUCGAUGUCGAUUUUUACAUGACAACGAUAAUAAGAGUGCAAAUGAACCCUCUACGUCUCAGUGUAACCAUAUAGAAGAUGUCAAUUUUGCACAAGUGCCAAACAGUGAAAACAAGGCAGCUUCUGAUAUGGAGUUAAGCAGUGUAGAAACAGACAUACAUAGUGUCGAAGAAGAAGAACCAUCUUGCUCUUCAAAUAGCUCACAAGAUACAAAAACUUCUUAUGAACAAGAUAGCGAAGAAGGGGCAUGUGCCUCGCCGCCUUUAGUUAUAAUUAAUAAUAGAAACUGGGUGGAUGCUCCAGAAUUUAUACCUAGGUCCAAACCACAAAAAAGUUAUGCCCAAGUUCUUCAUUCAGAAAUAAAUAUGGAUAGUAAUAUUAUUAGGAAAAUGUGCCCGUACGCAUCCAGGGAUGGGAUAUGCUUGAAUUUAGGUCAAUGUAAUAAUUUACAUGGUGAACUCUGUGAUAUGUGUGAAAGAUUUGUAUUGCAUCCUUAUGAUGAAGAGGAAAGGAAAAAGCAUCGUCAAGAGUGUUUAAAGAAUCAUGAGAAGAAUAUGGAACUGUCCUUUGCAAUUCAGCGCUCUAAAGACAAAACUUGUGGUGUUUGUUUUGAAGUGAUCAUGGAAAAGGCGAAUAGCGAACAAAGAUUUGGUAUUUUGCCAAAUUGCAACCAUUGUUUCUGUUUAGCUUGCAUCAGGAAAUGGCGGCAGGCGCAUCAGUUUGAAAACAAAAUUAUUAGGGCAUGUCCAGAAUGUAGGGUAACAUCAGAUUUUGUAUGUCCCAGCAUGUACUGGGUAGAUACAAAGGAAGAAAAAGAAAAACUAAUUGAUGAUUAUAAAAAAGCAUUAUCCAAUAAAGCGUGCAAGUACUUUAAGAAGGGCCUGGGCAAGUGUCCAUUUGGAAACAAGUGUUUUUAUAUGCACGCUGAUAAAGAUGGAAGAAUAAUUGAUGUGGGGCCUCCCCAGCGACAGAGGCGAAAUCGAUAUGCAGACACUGAUAUAGAUGUGCUUCAGGUAAUGCUGUGGGAUUUCUUAGACGAACGCGAUUUUCCUUGGCAGACAUUGGCGGACGACUUGGAAGACUUAGUAUCAUUUUUCACCGAAUCCGAUGAGUCCGAUUGGUCAGAUUAUGAGCUUUUCUUCGAUUAGUCUUUAGAGAUAAUGUUUCAUGUUCACCCGAUUUACUUUGAAAAUUUCGUUCGUAUAUUUUUCAAUGUUUUUCGUUAUAUCGAACAUGAAACACAUACUAAUAAUACUUCUUAAAUGUGUAACAUUUAUCGGUGGAUAACCCAACAAUUGGAAUCAGUUAUGUUUACGAUUCAUUUAAGCAAAAACCCAUAAAUAUUGUUGGACUGAGGCUGUUUAGUACUGAAAGAUAAUAGCGACAGAGAUUUAUUCUAUGUAUAGUUUUGACAUCUUAUACAUGGUAUACAUACAAGACAUAUUUUAUUCACAACAUUCUGUCUAGGCUUGCGUUUAAAAAAUAUAUUUUGCCCUAAGAUCAAACUGUUCCCAGAAUAAAAGCAAAGGUUAUACAGUUAACAGUGAUAUAAGAAGUUAUUUUGUUAUCUGUUUUAAUUUAAAGCAAAAUUAGUGUGAAGAAAUUAAUUUCCACUGUAGAAAAAUAAUUUUGAGGCGCUCUUAAUCUAUAAAUCGGGCUAGAAUGUCAUGAAUUUUAAGGCAACCCAGAUAUACACGUACAUGUUCUAAAAAAAACACAAAAAGAUAAAUAAUUCUUGAAAUUUUGAGUACAUUUCUUUAUUUUAAAUAAAGUUUUAGCUUUAAUCGGUAUAUGGUAAAAAAACAGAGAAAAUAUAGAUUUUCCAGAAUGUUUUCAUUAAUAGUUACAGAACUGUUGUAUAUCUUUUUAAUUUUGUACAUAGAUUAAAGACACAGUGUGCCAAAAAGUUGGCAACGAAUAUUUUAAAGUUUCUCUAGAAUUUCUUCAGCAUACACAGUUUUGUUAUUGGCCAUGCUGAAGAAAUUCUGUAAUUUUUUUAUAUAAGUUGCGAAAUUUUUGCUACAACUUGUGCUUAUUGUCAAUAGUAGGCUCAUGGGAAAGAAAUACUUUUCUGUUAGAUCUUUUCUUAAAAAAUAAUAUUGUUUCUAGAUAAUUAGAGUAGCUCAAAACUAAGUUAAACAUUAAAGAGGUACAGUAUAGAGCUUUACACUAAUACGCAUUUUCAAUAGAACAUAUUUUCACUAUUUUUUUAAUGUUUAUGUUAUCUUGAUCAAGCUCAGGAGUAUAUUUUUAUACAUUCUUAUUUUUCUAAAUUUUUUGUCUUUCCAAUCUUAAAUAUCACUAAUUUUGCAUUUUAUUCGAUUAUUAUUUUAUUUUCAACAACGUAAUAAUAGGGUGGUUGUUUUAUUUAAAUGCAGGUUAUUGUGAAAAUUAUUUCUGUUUGAAACUUUGCAACAAUUUGUUAGUACGUUAAGAGCUAAGAAUACAUACUAAGCGUUGGUGCUUAUCUGUGCUUUCCACUUUUUAAACUGAUUUUAUGUCCUAGAUGUGCGAUAGAGCAUUUAGACGAGGUAUCAAAGUGUUUUGUAGAUUGUUUUUUUAUAUUAGUGUAAAUUAUUAAAAUAUAUAUACACUGUUUAUGUUUUAAAUUGGCAGUAAAGACUUCAAGACAAAAUAUGCUCAAAUUAUUGAGGAUACUGUUCUUUUUACAUCAUUAUUUUCUAAGUUUUUUUCGGAAAGAAAGCAGAAAUUUGUUAUAUAUUAUUGUUUUGUAAAUUGUUGUAAACGGUGCGGUGCUUGGAAUUAUUUUCACUUGGUAUUGUAUUUACUUUUGAAAAUGUUAUGUACUGUCUAUUUAGAUAUUUUUGAUCUGUUAACAUUGCUGAAAUUACUCCUUAUACAUUUACAUACUUAUAAAAUAUAUUUUUAUGUACCUUGUUUCAGAAAUGGUUAUUUAACUAUUUAGCAUCUUACUCUCAAUAAAAUUUGAAAAUCA